AUGACUCAGUUUCUUUUUCGCCUGGAGGACGCCGUCGUUUUCCACGACAGUGCCUCGGCCAAUGAAUCGCUCUCGGUGCUGGGUAGACAAGGACAAUUCACCGCCGCAAAAGUAGUCGAUUCCGAAGGCCGGGAACUGAUCCACUGGCAGGCAGAAAAACCCUUUCAACAUGAUAUGAUUGGCAGUCUGGUCACGGGGUGGCUUUAUCCUCACCCUAUAAGACAACCGAUCUGGCACAACGGUAAAAUUAUCGGUGAAAUGCGCCUCAUAGGAACAGACGCCACCGUUACUCUUUUCGUCUGGCUUGCGUUGGGCGUGCUCACGGCCUGCAUAUUACUCGCCUCGCCAGUCGCCACUUACACGGUGAUAUUGACGCCGCACUGCAGAAUAUUACUGACGUUGUCCACGACGUCCGCAGAAACCGACUUUAAUAGUCUGCUGGAUGAGAUGGAAGACUGGCAAAUUCAGUUGCAGCUGAAAAACGCGUCGCUGCAAAAAACCGCCCUUCAGGAUUCGCUGACAGGACUUGCAAAUCGCGCGGUCUUCCGCACGGCGCUGAACAGGCUGAUUGAGGAGUGA